AUUUCUCCUCAUUAUCUUUUGUCACCAGCAAAAACUUCAGUUUGCUUCGGAGAGAGCUAACCAUGUCUCUACUUCUUCCCUCCAAGCUUUUCUGCCUCGCUCCUCUUCGAAACGAUAUCCCUGGACUCUACUGUCCUGGCCGACCUCUACUUCAUACUCGUAACCAAACACUACGAAUUGUCUGCGCUAAGAGAGCCGGUAAAAGGAGAUACCCCUCGGAGAAGAAGAGGCUGAAAUCCAAGCAGAAGGAGAUAUUAGCCCAAGUUAAGACCAGAAACAAGUUUGAAGGUUUAUGGAGGCUAUCCAAGCUCGGAGUUCCCGUCCAUAGAGACCCGGGGAAGGACUUUCUUGGUGUUUCGGAGGGAUUGCUUGAAGCCAUUGCUAAAGUUCUUGAAUUUCCGGUGGCUUCGAUGUUGCCUGCAGAAGCAUUCUCAGUGAUUCGGAAAUCUUUUGAUGCACGGAAGAUGCUAAAGGAGCCGAAAUUUGUAUACGUAGUGGACAUGGACGUUGAGAAACUUUUGAGUCUGGAGCCUCGUACUUGGGACUUCAUUUCUCAGAUGGAGCCUAAAGUUGGGCUUAUAGAACAUUUGUCUGAGGAAAAAGUAACUGGGGACUUGAUCAAUAUUAUAAGAGAUUGUACAAGGAUCUCUGAAGAUACCAUUUCAGGAGAUGGUGGAAAUAAAGAUAAUUUUGUGGCUAAGGGAUCUUUAAUAGCGUCGUCCAGAAAACCAAAAAUUGCAGUUGUGGGUAGUGGACCAUCAGGUCUAUUUGCGUGUCUCGUUCUUGCAGAAUUUGGGGCAGAUGUUACAUUAAUAGAAAGAGGUCAGCCUGUUGAACAAAGAGGACGUGACAUUGGUGCUCUUGUUGUUCGAAAGGUUUUAGAGAUGGAAAGCAAUUUUUGCUUUGGAGAGGGUGGUGCAGGUACCUGGAGUGAUGGAAAGUUAGUUACUAGAAUUGGAAGAAAUAGCGACACUGUUUUGGCGGUUAUGAAAACUUUAGUUCAUUUUGGAGCUCCAAAAGGAAUCUUGGUUAAUGGGAAGCCACAUCUAGGAACAGAUAAACUGAUUCCUUUACUUCGCAAUUUUCGGCAACAUUUACAAGAUCUCGGUGUUACUAUUGAGUUUGGGAAGAGAGUGGAUGAUCUUCUCAUAGAGGAUGGACAAGUCGUUGGCGUCAAAGUAUCUGAUUCAAAAGAUCAAUCACAGUCUAAUAGCCAGAAGUGGGGAUUUGAUUCUGUUGUUUUGGCAGUUGGGCAUUCUGCGCGUGAUGUUUACCAAAUGCUUCUUUCUCAUAAUGUGGCUUUGGUUCCAAAAGAUUUUGCUAUAGGUUUGCGGAUUGAGCAUCCUCAAGAAGUUAUAAACAACAUACAGUACUCUCGUUUGGCUUCUGAAGUUCGCAGUGGACGUGGAAAAGUACCAGUGGCAGAUUACAAGCUUGUCAAAUAUGUUGGCAGGGAAAACGGUGAUGUGUCUGCUGGGGCAACUCGAAGUUGCUAUUCUUUUUGUAUGUGUCCUGGUGGGCAGGUCGUGCUUACUAGUACAAAUCCUUCAGAAAUCUGUAUCAAUGGCAUGUCAUUUUCUAGGCGUGCAUCCAAGUGGGCAAAUGCUGCCCUUGUUGUGACUGUCUCGACAAAGGAUUUUGAGUCCUUGAAUCUCCAUGGUCAACUUGCAGGGGUCGAAUUUCAGAGGGAAUUCGAAAGAAGAGCAGCUAUAUUGGGAGGAGGAAAUUUCGUUGUGCCUGUACAGACAGUAACUGACUUUAUGGAUGGAAAGUUAUCUGUAACAUCUAUACCGCCAUCAAGUUAUCGAUUAGGAGUGAAAGCAGCAAAUCUCCAUGAGCUGUUCCCAAUUCAUAUAACAGAGGCUUUGCAACAGUCAAUCUCAAUGUUUAAUGAAGAGUUACCAGGAAUAAUCUCCAAAGAGGGCCUUCUUCAUGGUGUAGAGACUAGAACGAGCUCCCCUAUUCAGAUUCCCCGUAACACCGACACUUAUGAGAGCACAUCACUUAAAGGAUUGUACCCUAUUGGUGAAGGAGCAGGCUAUGCUGGAGGGAUUGUAAGUGCAGCAGUGGAUGGCAUGUGUGCAGGUUUUGCUGUGUCAAAUGCAUUUGACUUGUGUCAUGAUAGCAUAGAGUCAGUUUUCGGCAAGACUCAGAGUUCUGGCGCUGUUAAAUACUAGUAACACAUUCAGUCAUGUCUCCCGUAGUGGUUCUUAGUAAUAGUACCCUGCAAAUACAAGCUCCAGCAUCAACAAGUUUAUUGUUGAAGAAAAAACAUGUGAGCUUGGUAAAGAUUUUUCCCUUAAGCAAGCUUGAUCAAAAUCUCAAACUAAAUGUGACUUGUGCAGCGAGAUCUGGCGAAUAACAUUUCGAUUCACCACAGAUCGAGUUUUUGUAAAUUCAGAUGCCAUCAUCAUGUUCAUCACUGACCCGAUAACACCAUAAGUAAUUUGCUUCAGUAAGGCUCUUGUAAACUUAAAACCUUAUUAUGUAGUCUUUAAAACUUACUCAAAAACUUGUGUUUAAGUUAGGAAAAUACUACAUUACAUUACAGUAUGCAUUCCACAUAUCUAUUUUUUUCUUUUAAAAAAAAUGCAAUUUUGUACAUGAACAUAAACCAACAAAGCUUUAGAUUUCAAAUUAGUUCACUCAUAAAUUAUUAGUU